UCCUUUUCUCAAAUCCAGGUGGAAAGUGUCGGUACCACAGCUCGCCUCCUGGCAACGGGCACACGCGGGUCCUCCUCCCGGGGACAUCACACUCCGGUAUCCGUUCUUCUCUGCCUCUGUCCCCGAAGGCUGGCGAGCAAACCCACGUCGUGUCUGGCCCUGGCAGACAGUGAGCACCCUUUCAACCGUAAAUGCCGAUUUUUCCAGCGCACCAAAAGCGGAUUAUUCACGAUGUUUUCGGCAUGGUGUAAAACCCGCGGAGAAAUAUUGGUUUUUACCCCAUUAUACUGGAGGACCGCCCGUGCUUCGUGAAAAUGAAAAAAGGAUACAAUGCAGCAUGCAUGUUCUGCAUUCUUCGGGAGUACCACACCGCUGGUGUGAAUGACUUGUGGCUGUAAGGUGUCGUGAGUGGGCCAGGUUCCUGCACAGCCUCCGUGGCUGACUGCUGGGAGGAGUCGAGUGGAGAGCAGACAUCAGUGCCCAGGGGACCUGAGGCCUGGUUCUCCAUAUGAGGCCCUGCUGAAAGGGCAGGGGGGCUUCUGAGUGUGCCCGAGGGCCCGUGAAAGCCCCCUUGGGGGAGUUUCAGAAAUACACUCCGAACAAGAAAAGACUCCUGGACUAUUGUUAUUGUUUUUACACACAUUCUCACACACACACACACACACACACACACACACACACACACACACACACACACACACAUACACAUACACACAGGCACGCACAAACACACCUUCACAGACAAGGACAUAGAGAGAAUGUUGGAGGUCCAAGAGGAGAGGCCAGCGGCGGCAGGUACAGCAGCGACACAUUUCAACAAGAAGGAGCGAGGGAAGAAAGAGCGAGAGGAGGCAAAGGACGGUCGGGGAAAUCUCUCCAAUAUCGGGAAUCCUGUUCCUGGCUCAAGGAACGUGCGCGCAAAAGCGCCUCUCUCACACAGCGGCAGUCCUCACCAGCUCAUCACUCCACCCUGUUCUGUAGUCCUGGGAGCCCCAUCAAUGCACUCCAAUAGGCUAAAGAACUCCCCGUCCACCAACACGCAGAGCCCUAAACCUAAGACGGAGGCCAUGGUACGCUCACCUCCCGUCAUGUCCCCCUCCACUGCCACCCAGAUGGACUCUAAAAUGCCCAAUCAGGGUAAACCAGGGAGCACUGGUAGCCAAUCACAGCCCUCACCCUGCGACCCCAAGACGCUGGGGUCCAAAGGGGCUCAGAAUGUGGCAGGGGGCAUGGGGCUGAAGAACGGCCAGGGGCUGACCUCUGGCCCAAGCUCCAAGGUUAAAGUGAAAAGGGAGAGAAGCACCUCAGUGGAGUCGUUUGAACAACCAGAGGGCGGCACUCCCACUAGCGAGGAAAAAGACAGCAGCAGAGUGAAGAGGAUGUGUGUGGCAGAGAGGAGGCAGCCGUACAGUGGAGCUGACUGGUGCUCUGGGGGAGAAAGUGACGAAGAUGACAAAGGAUUCUUCAACUGCAACUCCAGUGACGUGAAGCCCCAGGACUCGGUCACACAUUCUACCUCCAAUGCUGGACUCAGUCGCUCCUCCACACCCUCCCACAAUACACUGGGAGGCCAAAGCUCCACAACAGAACCUGCUAGUGGCCAGAAACCAGGCACAAAACUUGUUUAUGUCUUCACAACAGAGAUGGCGAACAAGGCAGCUGAUGCAGUUCUAACUGGCCAUACAGAAAACAUCAUCGCCUUCCACAUGAAAAAUAUCUCCAACAGCAAGGACAAAGCUCACCUCCUCCUGAACAAUGCAGCAAGCGCCCUCCGAAAUGACUCCAAGCCUCCCCAGCAACCCCCGUCCCAUGCCCAAGAUCAGAGCCACCAGCCUGGAUCCAAACCGUCCUUACCUGGCAUGGCAGAGCCAGCCCCACCCCAGCCUUCAAACCAAGGGAGCCAAUCUGGUGUUCUUCCACAGGAAGGACCAUCCUCGGCAGGCAUGGAAUCCAAAAAUCUUCCCGGCAGUAGCCCAAGUAGCGCUACAGCUCCAGUUGACCAGACCCCUGUCACCCAACCUGAGGCAGGCCUCAACCCUCCGACAGCAGGUGAAGGAGGGCAGGGUGGAGGCUCUGGUGGAGCAGGUCUAACACCCCAGCAGCAGCAACAACAGCAGCAGCUGGCCCAGGAGCUUUUAAACAUGGAGGCCAACACAGAGGGUCUGUCCCAAGAACAGUUGGAGCAUCGCCAGCGCUCCCUGCAGACCUUGCGUGAUAUUCAGCGCAUGCUUUUCCCAGAUGAUCGUGAUGCCCCACAACCUGGGCCCCCACAGGCUCAUGGUGGACCCCAUGAUGGAGGCCCUGAUGGUGCACCGCGUAGGUCUGAGCAGGGGCCCCUUCAGGCUAUGAUGGCGCAGUCUCAGAGCCUUGGACCACCAGGUGGACCAGGAGGACCUCGUCCACAAGGUCCACCCUUUGGCCCACCGCACGGUCCACCCCACGGUCCCAGGGACAUGCCCCCGUUUCCACAAGAUGAAAUGGGUGCCCAUAUGGGGGGCCCGGGGGGCUGUGGAGAUGGAGAUCAGAUGACCCCAGAACAAGUGGCUUGGUUGAAGCUACAGCAGGAGUUUUAUGAAGAGAAGAGGAAGAAACAAGAAAUGCAACACCGGCCACUUCCUCCAGACAUGAUGAUGCACCCCCAUGGUCCACGUGGCAUGAUGCGAGGCCCCCCACCUCCCUACCAGAUGGGUCCAGGAGAGAUGUGGGGAGGACCAGGUGGUCCGCCAGAGCAUUACCAGGAACGUAUGGCCAUGGGCCCUGGCCCUGGCCCCAGGGGUAUGCCCCAUAUGCAGAGGAUGCCUGCUUUCUCUGGUAUGAUGAAUCCUGAGAUGGAAGGACCCCCAAGGCCUGGAAUGGGCUGGCCUGACGACAUGCCUCCCCGGAUGGGAGAUGCACGAGGGUUCCCUGGAGGACCAGGGGGAAUGUUUGCUGGUCCAGGGGGUCGUGGGGAGCGUUUUCCUAAUCCUCAGUCAGUCCAAGAAGCAAUGUUCCACCAAGGUAUGGGUGGAGAAAAGGGCAUCCCCCCAGGAAUGAUGAUGGACAUGCAAAGGAUGAUGGGGCACCAAAGAGGUGGAAUGGAACCUGGUAAUGGGAUGGGCAUGUUUCCCAGAAUGCCUGUUGAUGGUCCUAUGAGUCCAUCCUCUAGGCUCCAGGGAAUGGGGGGAAGGGAAAUGGGGCCUGAGUUUGGCAUGGGGCCUGGCCCUGGACCAGGACCUCAUAUGCACCCUGCCAAGCUAAGAGAUCCCUCCAUGAAUAUGAGUCCUGAAGAGAUCAUGAGAAUGAGAGCAGGUGGAGGACCACCAAUUGAGAACAUGGGUCCACAAGGCCGGCCCAUGCAGGGUCCUCCCUUCCCUGAGCAGGCACAGCCAGGAGACUUUCCUAUGGGGCCUGGUCGGCCCUUCCCAGGGGGUCCUGGAGGGAUGAGGGGUCCACAUGCAGACCAAGCCUUUGGUCCAGAGCACAGAUCUACACCAACAGGAGGUAAUGGCCGUAUUAACCACCUCCCCCCUGCUGGUGGCCCAUCACAAGGUCAGAGGGGCCGCAAGCCAGCAGAUCUGAAUGUCCAAGCAGGAGGGGGGAACUCUCCCAGUAUCAACCCACUUAAGUCCCCUCCUCUGAGGCAAGUGCAGUCCCCCAUGAUGGGCUCUCCCUCUGGAAACCUUAAAUCCCCCCAGACACCGUCCCAACUGGCUGGCAUGCUCACUGGUCCCACAGGCCCCAGUGCCCCACCACCUCCUCCAGCUUCAGCACCAAUGAAAUCCCCUCACUCUAUGAUGGGAUCAGCAGGUGCCUCUCCUGUUCAUAUGAGGUCUCCUUCUCUUCCUAACCCCUCUCCAGGAUGGGCAUCCUCACCAAAACCACCCAUGCAGAGUCCUGGAGUACCACCUCAGGGUGGAAAGCCUCCCCUCAGUAUAACCUCACCAAACAUGAUGGGGGGCAUGGAGCAAGGUGGUAACGGCCCUCCCUCAGCCCCUCCUUCAUCAGGGGCUCCAUCUGGCUCCAUGUCCCUCCCAGGCAACGUCCCGUCUGGCAGUCCAUACACCAUACCCCCUGAGCCAACUCUAUCCCAGAAUCCUCUCUCCAUCAUGAUGUCACGCAUGUCCAAGUUUGCAAUGCCCAGCUCCACCCCACUUUACCACGAUGCCAUAAAGACUGUUGCCAGCUCUGACGACGACUCGCCCCCUGCUCGCUCCCCGAACCUGCCAUCAGUGAACAAUAAUGGUAUGGCAAUGAAUCAUCAAGGCAAUCCACGUAUGAUGGGACCUGGAAAUGCUGGACCCAUGUCUGCCCUCAGCCCGCUUGGUAUGAAUCCAAUGGGAUCACAGCCCCUCUCCCAUGGCAUGCCCCCACAGAUGCCCUCUCCCAAUGCCCCUAAUAUGGGCCCAGGCAUGAUGCCUCAUGGCAUGAUGAUCCCACCAAAUCCCCAAGACCCUGGUAUGGGAAACCCCCAAAUGAUGGCCCAGGGACGCAUGGGUUAUCCUCACCGAAGCCAGGCGUACCCCCUCACCCAGUCUCCUUCCCAGCAAGGCCCUUUUUCCCCGCACAACGGCCCUGGUCCACAAGGUUUCCCUGGCCACCCAAUGGGCUUCCAGGGGGAAGCAGGACCUAUGGGAGGACGGAUGGGGAACAUGCCUCACGGAGGAGGGGGUGAUGGGGGUAUGUGCAAGCCCAACACCCCUGGAGGACCAGAGUUCAACAACAUGCAAGGUGGAUUCAGUGAUGCAGACCUUCAUGAGGUGAUGCGGCCGGGAGCUUCCGGCAUUCCCGAGUUUGACCUGUCCAGGAUAAUCCCGUCAGAGAAGCCCAGCCAGACUCUGUCUUACUUCCCCCGAGGUGGGGGAGACAACCCUGGGGGAAAACCACCACACCCCUCUGGCUUCCCCAUGCAGGGCAUGAUGGGCGAUGGUCCACCGAGGAUGGGGAUGUCCAUGCAGGGGAUGGGGAUGCCAGGGGGGCCUGGCGGGGGAAUGGGCCCCCAAGACAUGCCAAUGGGGAACCCUGGCCACAACUCGAUGCGGCCACCAGGAUUCAUGGGCCAAGGCAUGAUGGGCCCCCAGCACCGGAUGAUGUCUCCUGGGGGUCCGGGGAUGAUGCAGGGGAGACAAAUGGCCCACCCAGGCCCUGGUGGCUCACCUAAUAUGAUGAUGUCACUGCAGGGCAUGGGCGGCCCCCCACAGCAGACAAUGAUGAUGGGGGGUCAGAUGAGGCCACGUGACAUGGACAUGGGGUUCAGUCCGGGCCCUGGAAUGUUCUAAUCCAACAGAAACCUUGUAUGUAGAAUGUUCUUGGACAAUACACAAGGAUGGAGUAAAGGUGAUUGUGUGAGAAGAGUGUUCAGAAAACUCUGAUGGACUCAAGUAAAGGAAGUAUAAUACAGGAGAGAGGAUGUACCCAGAAACGAACAGAAUGGAGCUAACCAGUCACCUAGUAAUGUCCUGUGGGAACUAUUCCAAUGGAGACUCGGACAGGCCCAGAUUGGAGUACUUUUGCCACAAGAACAUUUAAUUUUGACUCAUGAACUUCAGAAUGUAUGGGAUUGUUGUGCAUCAAUUUCGCAAAACUGUUCUUGUGUUUUUUGAUUAUCUGACUAUAAAGAUGAAUUUCGACAUCAAAGAGGAAUCAACCUAACUCAAAGUCAGCGUGGAGAUGCUACAGUAUAUGUCUACUUUUUUCAAAUUUAAAAAAACAAAUUUGUCAUGAAAGUGGUAUGGAACAAGAGAAAGGAAUAAGAAGAAUUUGUGCUUUGUGAAGACUUUAGUGGAACUCCAUCUUGUCUCUCGCUCCAUUGUUUUGACUGUUUCUGUACAGUAUAUACGUGUGAGAGUGGGUGUGCGUGCUUGACAGACUGUAUGUUUGUGUGGUAUGUAUGUAUGUGUCUGUAUGUAUAGGCAUUCUAUCAGUGACCUCUCAACUCCUCUUACCCAACUUUCAUUGGGGGAGGAACGCCCCCUAAAAUACUGUACUGUUUACCAUUGGUGGGCUAUUCGAAUUUUAGUCUAUUUUAAUUUCCUUUGUAACUCCAGUGUAUAACAAACCAAACUAUGACCUCAUUAAGAUAAUAGUAUUAUUAAAAAAGCACAAACAUGGACCGUCUGCAGAAAGUGUCUUCUUUCUCUAUUUUUUACCAUUGAGAGCAACACAUUAAGUGUGAGGAGGAUCCUGGCAGCUUUGCAGCACAAUGAUAAUCCCCAGUCCAUUUCAAGUUGUCGAUGACAGUUGACUUGGUGCUCCAAAACUUUCAGGACUCAACUUUUCGCCAGCGUAAAUAAUACUGCUAAUACCCAGAUGUGCUAUGUGCGUUCUUCUUGUUCCUGUUGUGUUCCUGUUUUGUUUUGACUCUCUUGUUGACUCUGGGUUAUAAUCAUUCCCACAGCAAUAAUCCCCCCAAUGGUCAGCAGAAUGGGACAGGAGUGGCUGAAUGCCGCAGCAGGUAUGCCAGGUAUUAUAGAACUAGAGCUAGGUAGAUCUGGUAAAAAAUUAGCAAGGCAGGUGUGGUGUCCAGAGCGAGACACGCAGAAAUGUAAACACGUACUGCUUACCAUCCAGUUGACUUCCUCUCUUUUCUCUAUUGUAUAAGCUUGUCAUGUGUUUCUCCAUUGGCUUUGGUGCAGAAUAGCCUACCAGGGCUGUGGUGAUGGACUACAAAUAAAAGAUAUUGUUUUGGUAUAUA